CAGACAGACCGGCUGGUAACUGACGAUCUUGAAAGUUGACCAACUUCCUGACACACGUCCCUUCGGACGGAGAAAGCUGCUGGAGGCGGGUUGAGUGGCCUUUCGCGGAUUCAGGUAUGCCUAGCUGGGUCGUCGUGCGCAUCGUCGAAUCCCAAUAGGACGCUUGACACCUGUGGUAGGUCGAAGAAGAUGAGGAUGAGGACACGGCUUUGAUCUUGUGGUGCAACAUAUAUGUAUUGGGCAGCCCGAUGUGUUUUUUAUAACACCUAUAUUGUUUGUGUAGGCCAGUAUUACGAUGAUCUCUGUGAUAAUACAUAUGUGGUAAUUCGGAGUCGACUUUGGUAAUCUUCUCCCACGUGUGAUAUGUGACAGGGAAGAGGAGGUUGACAGACAAUCAGUCGUCACCAUGCCGAGGCGCAGGAAGGAGGAUGUCACCUGUGACUCGAAGCAUGCGAAAAUGGGUAAACCCAUCCAAAGAAACGCUGCCAAUGCGCGAGAAAGAGCUCGUAUGAGGGUGCUAAGUAAAGCUUUUUCCAAACUGAAAACCACCCUGCCAUGGGUACCCGCGGACACUAAACUGUCAAAGUUGGACACUCUUCGUCUGGCGUCGAGCUAUAUCGCCCACCUACAGCAGAUUCUGGACGCAGAGGAUGUAGAGACUCAACAACAGCUCAUCCACCCUCUUAAUCUGACCUGGCCGUUCACCUUUUCCGGGAGGGUCAUCGGCGGAGACAACAAGCCUCUAGACGCGCUGAAAAUCUCAGCAAAGCAGGACACCUGCACUAAGUGCUGAUUUCAUGUUUAUCAAAUACAACGUUGUGAUACGGGCACCCGUGUAGAACUCAGAAUGGACUAAUGUUUGAUUACUGGCCGACUACUGGUAGACGCGCUUCCAAUGGUAUGUCUUAGGUAUGAAGCAUUAGCCUAUGAUAUAACAAUGAAAGGUAACUUGGCGUUAGAGUCAACCGUGCAACACGGGAUAUUGGGUGGCAAAAGAUUUAUCGUAGCGAAACAGGACGUCUUCUUGCAUCGAGGAUACAAGGAAGACCUAGCUUGGAACCACAAUAAGAUUUUACCUUCAUCAAUGUGACACAGGGAGACUUUACCUUUAUCAUUGUGACACAGGAAGAUUUUACCUUUAUCAUUGUGACACAGGAAGAUUUUACCUUUAUCAAUGUGACACAGGAAGACUUUACCUUUAUCAUUGUGACACAGGCAGAUUUUACCUUUAUCAAUGUGACACAGGAAGAUUUUACCUUUAUCAUUGUGACACAGGAAGAUUUUACCUUUAUCAUUGUGACACAGGAAGAUUUUACCUUAAUCGAUGUGACACAGGAAGAUUUUAGCUUAAUCGAUGUGACACAGGAAGACUUUAGCUUAAUCGAUGUGACACAGGAAGACGCAUUUUAGCGACACAGGAAGACGCAUCCUCGCGAAGAACCACAGGCAGACUUUACUUAUCACAGGUAGACUUAACUUAUCACAGGCAGAGUUAACUUUUCAGAGGACGACCUAUCCUAGAGACACAUUGCCCGUGUCCAUACUUAUCCCAGCCAUGUACAGACAUCCUUGAGACUUAUGUACACUUAUCGUAGACACGUCAUCAUGACGCACGUGUCAGUAUGGAGUGUCAUAAUGUGGAGUUAGUAGAUGCGAGACGACGUUAGUAGAUGCGAGACGACGUUAGUAGAAGAGACAGCGACGUCCCGUACAACGUGACGUUAUGGGCCGUGUCGUGACACCGAGCUAUGUUAUAGUAUCAUAUGUGUUUGUGAAGUGAUGUUUGUCAAAUUCAAGUAAAACUUGGUACAUUC